AUGUUCGCGAACGAAACAGCCCGCCUCGCUGCUGCGGCGGAAUCCGUGUCGGCGCCGCGGAGCCCCUUCGCGAGCCAAGCGGGGCGGGACGGGGGCAGCUCCGCCGGGGCCUCCGAGCUUGGGGGCGCGGCAGCCCUUUUCCGGGCGCCUUUUAGCGGCCCUUCGGAGACCCUGCCCCGGCCCCCGUCGUGGCCCUUUCCCGGAGCAGCCCGAGCCCGGGCGGACGGGGGGCCCGCCUGCCUCGCCGGAGACCCGGCAGGGCUGCGCGGCGGGACUCCGGGCUGGGCUCUCCCGCGCCGGCGCCAGGGCGCCUCCUGCUGCCCGGGCCGGAGGAGCGCUGGCUCGGCCCGCGGGCGCCCCAGCGGCGGGGCGGGGCUGGCCAGGUGGGUGAGUCACGGAGCCCGAGCAGGUCCGCCCGGCAGCCCCGGAAGCCCUGGGGCUCCUGCCCGGGAGGCGCGGCUUGGCCGGGAGCCCCGCUCGAAUCCCCUGCCGGCUGCUGCCUCUGUCCACGUGCCGCGGAGCCAGCCCCUCGCCUGCGUGAGAGAGCUUUAACCAAUAAAACAUAUAUUGCAAGUAGAAAGGGGUUUUGCGCGGGGAACAAUAGUAGUCUCCUUUGUAAGGAUUCGUGGAAUGGGACACUGGGCACGUGAAAUGGGCCGCGAACAGCUGGCAGGGAUCCCAAGGCUCAUCUAGUCCACCCCCCGCAAUGCGGGACUGGUAGCCUCGCAAACGCUCCUCCUCCUCCGAGCAAAGCACUCUUGCCCCGCCUCAGGAUCGUUGGCUCCCCACGACGUGGGUGAUCUCGCCCUGAGACGCCCCCCCCCCGGAGCCCGACACGUGUUUUUCUACUUGGGAAUACUUUCCCUGUAGGACAGCCUCACGUCCGCCGGAGCGCGCGAGGGGGUUCCCCCUUCAGGGACUGCCCGGCGCUUUCCUUCCCCUCGAGCGGGGUCCGGCGCGGGGCAGAGGGGUCCCCGGAGGCGGAGGGCCCGCGACGAAGCCCCGUCCCCCGCGGGCAGGGCCGGGCAGGGCAGGGCAAGCCGGGCCAGGCGAGGGCGGAGGCGCGGGAGGCGGAGGCGGCGCAUCAGGAAUGUGCCGAGCGAGCGAGCGAGCGAGGGAGGCGCGCCUUAUCUCUCUCUCCCCCUCGGGCCGACUUGGCCGACCAACUUCGCUCCGCGCCCCGCGCUGCCCUGGGUGGAGCUUGGCUCCCGCCUGCGCCGAGGUGAAUCAGGCGUCGCGGGAGGAGAGGCAGCGCCGCCGCUUGCCGGAAAGAGGACCCGCGCCUGCCCCGGCUCACCUGGCAAGGUAAGGCGGGCGCCCCCGUCGAGGCCGCUCCAGUAGGCGCUGCCAGGCGGGCCGGCGAGGGGGCUCCCGGGGCCCCUCUUUCGCGGCGUCUCCGUUUGCCGUCGGGGAAACGGGGCCACCGGCCGCGCGGCACGGGCGACGGGCCGAGGUCCGCGGCGGACGGGCGGUGCUCUCGCGGGGCCAAGGCCGGGAGCGGAGGUCGGCGCGGCGCGGGGGUGUCCGUCCCCCUCCCGGGCCGAGGGAAGGAGCCUGUCCCGGGCGGGGGCUGGGCAGGGCCGAGGAGCGUCUGCCUGCCGCGGGGCUGGACUGUCGGGGCUCCUCCGCCGGGCGCAAGGCGACGGGUCCCGGGAGGCCGGAGGGGCGCCAGCUUCCCGGGCCGGCUCCUGUCCCGACACGUGCCGGGGCAGGCCGGCGCUGGCUCGUUCGCCCAUCGGGGCCCGGGCUCCGGCAGGUGCUUGGCCCGGCGAGCUGGGUGCGGCCGCGCUUCGGCGAAGCUCGCCGCCGCCCCGCCUGCCCUUCCCCGGGAGCGGCCGCAAACUUCCCGGCCGGGACUCCGCGCAGCGCCUUCCUCUCUCCGCCGACUUCAGGUCAAGCAGCACUUCGGGAAGCGGGGGGGGGGGCACCUGUCCGAGAUGCUGGAGUUGUGGGUCCUGCAGGGCAGGGGGCUCGGCUGGAUGACCCUUGGGCUCCCUGCCAAACCACGAUUCUAUGGAGGAGGAGGAGGAGGAGGAACUGCUUGCCUGCCUGCCUCCUUCCUUCCUUCCUGGCCUCCGCACUUCCAGGGCAGGAGCUGUCCCGGGAGGAGGGCAGGUGGGCCCGCUUGGGUGCGGCCCCCCCCCACCCGCCUGUCCAGCCUCAAGCCAGCAGAGCCUGGCUGAGCAGCAGCAAAGCUGGCCCUGGGGGUCAUCGGACCCCCCUCUGCUUGCCAGGGCUCCCCAAAACAUUUGCAGGCCAGUGUUCCUCUGAACAAACCCCCCCCCCCCCCGGCACACACACACACUUUAUCUGGGCUUCAGCUUCUAGCCAGAGAAGUGGGAGAAUGGUGGGUCUGUCUCCCAAGAUGGAGGAGGAGGGAAGAAGGGGGGCCUGCCCCCUGCAGGCACCUGUGAAGUCCCCUCACCUGCUUUCUCUCCCCCCCCCCCACGUCAUUUUGCUCUGGCUAACUUUGAAUGAACAGGGCCCACCGUAGUGGUGUCUUGAGUGUAAUUUAAUUUUUGAAUUGAAACAAGAAAUGGGUAUAAUGAUAGAAAAACAAUCACAAAACAAUGAGAAAAGUCAAACUGAGCAGCCUGCUCUCAAGGUCACCAGCUGAGGCUCUGAUCUGAUUGCAAGUGUCCUAGUCGUCCCAGGCGAGAGCAGAGACAGGGGCUGGGGCUGAACAUUGGGGCUGCUACCAAGACCCUCCCACUCGCCCCCUGCAAGAUGCAUUUUGGAGCAGGACUUCCACAGAGACUAUCACGGGCAGGGGGAGAUUCACGCAAGAGGAGCCAUUGCCUGAAGUUAACACCAGUUUUCUGUCUUGGUGAGAGCUGCAAAAUGCACAAGUUGCACACUUUGGAGCCAACCUGAGCUGAUUGGUUGGAAGGCCCCAUUCUGCCCCAUUGCAUUUGUGCCCCUUUCUUUGGGAGCCAACAUAGCAGUUGCCAUCUCCUGUGUAGCCGGAUUAGAAAACAGAGUCCCCCUAUGGGUUUUUUAACUUUUUUAGUUGUAAUUUCUAGUACAGUGCUACCUCAGUUUACGAACUUAAUUGGUUCCGGAAGUCCGUUCUUAAACCAAAACCGUUCUUAAACCAAGGUGAGCUUUCCCUAAUGAGGCUUCCCGCCGCCGGUGCCCUUCCACCGUUCAGAUUCCGUUCUUAGACCGAGGUAAAGUUCACAAACCGGGACACUAUUUCCGGUUUUGCGGAGUUUGUAAACCAAAUCGUUCUUAAACCGGACUGUUCUUAAACCAAGGUACCACUUAGACCCAAAGUCUAGAAUGUAUUCCAGAUCUAUUUGGCCACCUUUUUGUCUAUGCUCCACACCAGUAUUUCAUACAUGUGUUGUGUGAUGAUUUUGUUUUAUGCUUGGUUUUCAAUUUCAGUUUUAAAAAAUAAUGUUUUAGGAUUGUGUUGUGAGGUAGUCAAAAGGAUAUUUUGUGGAACUGGAUAUUGUGGAACUAGAAAAGGUUCAGAAAAGAGUGGGGUGAGAGGGAACCUUCUUUCAUAUGUGGUGGACAUGUAGAAAGGUAAUAGUAUAUUGGGAAAUGAUUUAUAAUGAGUUGAAAAAAUGUUUAAGAUUAUUUCCCCCCCCCAAAAAAAAACACCUGAGUCCUUUUUACAGGGAAUAAUCUAGACAGAAAUUCCUAGGUGUCAGGAAAAGUUAUUUAUGUGUGCAACAACUGCGGCCCAUGUUUUGUUAGCCUAAAAAUGGAAAGUGAGCGAGGUCCCAACUAAAGAGGAUUGGCAGCUUAAGAUGAUAGACUAUGCAGAACUUGCAGAUUUAUCACAUAUCAAUAGGAGAGCCAGAAGGACAUAUAUUUAAAGAAGAGUAGAAAACAUUUAUUGAAUAUAUGGGAAAUAACUACACAGCUGAAAACGCAGGCAGCAUUCAGAGAAAUUCAACAGUGUAUAUAAUAUUUGAUUGAUGUAAAAGUGGAAAACGGAUUUCAAUGGUUAUAGUAAAAUAUGCAGGAACAUAUGAUAUGUAAAAUGAACCAUGCAAGGAGAAGAAGAGAAGUCUUUGGAUAUUUUGAAGUUUGUAAAAUGUUUAUUUUGAAAUGUAAAAUUGAAAACUUAAUAAAAAUUAUUCUAAAAGAAAAGAGAAGAGAAGAGUGGGGGUGGAGCAAGUUCUCUAGGAGGAAAGGUUGCAAUAUUUGGGGCUUUCUAGCGAAAGGGGAGUAGUGAUAGACUUGAACAAGGGGUAUAAAAUUAUGUGCAUUGGGAGGAAGUGAAUAGGGAGAGGUCUUCAUCUGUUUUAAAACUGGAGCUUGGAGGGACACCCGACCGUUACAGGGAACUUGCCAAGGGCUCCCACCUUGGCCUGGCACCCUUCUCCUUGCCCACCACCCGCCAGCAGGCUGCUCUUAUCCUGCUCUCAGUCAUUGGGUGGGAGGAGCCAGUGUGAGUUGGCACCUGGGUGUGCGUGGCCUGGUGGGGGACCAAGACUGUGCCCCUUCAGCCCCAGAACAAGAGGGAAGUGCACCCCGUUCAGAAGAGCCCGCGUUUCCUUGGGGGCUAGCAACUUGUUGUGUUAAACCCAAAGCUGAGGUGGUUAAGGUGCCAAAUUCUGCACCAGCCUUUGAAAUGUGAAGCCUCAAAUGUGUCCACAGAAUGUAGGCGGAGGCCUCUAAAGUAAUGGAGAAGUUAUAUGUGUCAUGGCUGCCUGGAAACUCUGUGGUUAACGCGGCCUUGGGAUAAUUCUUCCCUCUCUAUGCAGGCACCCAAGCAAACCCCCGCUUAGGCCAUUGGCUUCAGAGGUGCUGGGUGAGCUCAUUUUGUGUGUGAGGAAGGCGGAGAGGGGUCUGCUUGUCCCACCGGGGGGGGGGGUCUCUGUCUGGCCACCAGCUGCUUCCCCAAGACCCUCAUGUAAGAGGUCUGGAGCAGUCCUGCGGCAUCCCACUCCCCCUUUGCCCAUCACACCCCUGCUUGGUGGGAAGUGGGGCUCUGCCCCCCUUUGGGGGAAUUUCUAAGAGAGGGGUAUGAGAGCAUGUGGCUGCACAGGAAGUAGCACCCAGAGGAAUGCAGGGCUGUGUUUGUGGGGGAAAGGCCCAGCGGGGGAGGGGCUGCUCCAUGAGCCCCCUGCUCAGAGCAAGGCAGACAUGCUUCCCUGGCCUCCUGCCUCGGAGGAAGAGCAGGGAGCUGAAUUUCGCACUCCCAGGGGCAGCCCUGGCACAUGUAUUGCUGGAAGGAUGGCGAGGCAGCUGCUCACCCCAUGCCUACCAUGUCCCUAGCCCAAGGGCAGAAGGCUGGCCACUGUGAGAGCAGGAUGGUGGCCUAGAUGGGCCACUGGUCCGAUGUCCUUAUGUCUCGUCUUCAGAUGAAGAGCUCAAGGCCAGCCUGAGCCGCAAGCAGGACCACCCUCACCUGGGAGGGGGGCGUUUUGGUGCUGUGCUGGGACUGGGGGGUUUCCGGCCACCAGGUGCCCGCCUGUCUUCUGUGGGGCAGUGGCAUUUGCUGGCAAGUUGGCCUUUCCAAGGCAGCCUGUAUUCCUGAAGAAGCUUGACUUGCUGGGUCAGGAGAUUCCCCCAGCUGCUGAGGCCAACCAGCCGCACGCCUAGAGGCAGGUGUGAGGGGAGGCCAUCCUUUGGCUUCCAGCGAUCCUCUCUCUGGCUGUGCUUGGGCCCAGCCAAGGGCUGCCUCCCCCCACCCCACCCUCUCUCUCAGUUUCCAUGCAGCUGGGUGUGUCUGAAGCUGCCAAGCCAGUUUCGCAAGGGAGCACCCGGUGGUGCUGGGAACCAGCCGCAGCAGCUGCAGCACGUAGCAACAGGCCCUGCUGGUACAGGCCGGGACAGGAAGGAGCAGCUCCAGAGCCCAGCCGACGAGGCCCUGGCGAGAGCCCGGGCUCUGGGGCUGGCGGAGGGGCUGCCAGGAGGGAGCCCACUGCACGACCAUCACUUGCCAGAGCAGGUAGCCAAGCCAGAGGCGGAAGGAGACUUUCUGCUUGAGGCCAGCGGGACCCCAGUCAGCAAAGCCAGGCGCGUCCCCUCCGGUGGGCACAGGGCACCUCUGGAGCUUGCCUUCAACACUCGGAGUUGGCUUGGCUCCCCCAAGAGCCUGGCGCUGAGCAGUUUCCUCUUGUUCUUGGCAAGCUGGAAGGUGAGCAGCCAGAAUCAGGAGGGGCUGCGCUUUGUGUGUCCCCACCCCAACACCCCUCCUUUCUCACUGGGUGUACAUUUAGUGCCAGCAACACUGAGCACUGAGGAAAACCUGGAGCUCCCAGUCUUAAGUGCACUGGAGAUGGCAAGGUCUGAGAGGCUUCUGGGAACACAGGAAAGGAAUGGAGGAGUUUUUUUGGGGGGGCAGCUAGCCAGUGCAUGGCCAGGGAAGCCGCUGCAUGAGCAAUGGGCUGUUGGUCAAGUCUAGUGAUGUUAAAUUCUCAAGAAUAAUCUUUUGGAGAAUAUUCUUGAGAAUAUUCUCAAUCAAUGAGAAUAUUAGUGAAUUUUCAUUUAAAAUAGGAGAAUAUUCAUUUUAAUGCAUUGAAAAUGAUAUAAUAAGGUGAUGGCACCAGUAAUUGUCAUGUUAAGGUUUCGUAUGAGGAAACUCAGUAGUUAAAUCAUAUUUUAUUCUUCCAUUAGAACAUAUACAUGUUAUAUGACAAGUCAAAAAAUACAAUUGGCAUGUUAAGGUUUGAUACAAGUAAAUUCAGUAAUAGGCUAUCUUGUGCUUCUGAUAGUUCUAACACAGUAACUGUUUUGGUGACUAAAACAUAGCUUGUUAAAUAAAACUAUAUGCAUACAUAUAAAAAAGAAGCCAUUGACAUUAAAUACAUUAUCAUUAUAUAAUAUAUUUCAGUAUGCCAGUCUCUGAUAAAUAUCACCAUGUACCAUUGAAUGGCAUUGCAAAAACCAGUUACUGGCACUAAAUAAAAAUAUAGAAAUGUCAACUGUUUAAAUCAAGGCCACCUCACAUGCUGUUGCACAUAGGCCUAGGUACUUUAAGUGUAUAAAGCAUUAAAACUACCUUCUGUAAAAAAUAAAUAUGUAUGGUCACUGUAUGGCCAAGGGUAUAGAAUUGCUAAAAAUAAGGUCACACCAAAAUAGAAAAAAAGCUAUUGCAUAUAGUUGAAAUACAUACGAAUUAAAAUGUUCACCAAAUUAAAUGAAUAGCAUUUUUAAAACAAACAAAAAAUGUUUUCUGUAGCUCACAUUUCAGAACUGCCAAUGGUGAAUGACAAAGUGCUCAGUAAUGUAACUGAAUUUUAAAAAAUCAUUAUUCAUUACAUACACUGGCAAUAUCACAGCUUGACUUAUUAUUUACUAGAUUUUUAAAAUGUGGGGUGUAAAACUGGUUCUUACAUUAGAAUUUAUAGUUUGUGGAGAAUAUUCUCCGGAGCAUAUUCUCGCCUCACCUCACUAGGCAAGUCAUCAUCCUUUGGGCUCCUGGGGCUCCUGCUGAGGUGGGCAAGGCAUAGGGCAGGAGACCCUUGGCAAGGGUCAGGUGGUGCAGGCGUGAGGGAUGGGGCUUCCUUUAGCUAAUGGCAAGCAGAGCAGGUGUGGCUUCUAGUUAGAAAAAAAGCAAGCCCCCUAACCAUGAAUGCACCCCCUGUGGUACUACAGUGGUACCUCGGGUUAUAGACGCUUCAGGUUACAGACUCCGCUAACCCAGAAAUAUUACCUCGAGUUAAGAACUUUGCUUCAGGAUGAGAACAGAAAUUGCACAGUGGCGGCAGCGGGAAGCCACAUUAGCUAAAGUGGUGCCUCAGGUUGAGAACAGUUUCAGGUUAAGAACGGACCUCCAGAACGAAUUAAGUUCUUAACCCGAGGUACCACUGUAUAGUUCUCCCCCUUUAUGGUGGGCCAUGGGGAAAUGUAGCUGGCUGUUCAGGUGAGAACAAGAUGUUCAUAAGGUAUGAAAUUUUAAUGAAACAGCAACGUUCAUUUCUCAUUGGCCAAAUAGGGUGCGCAUCCCCCCCUCCCUGAUACACGUAUUGCUGAAACCAGAAACGGAGCCUCAGAAUAAAAACGUGAGCCGUGCAGUGCCAGAAGAGGCUGGCUCUAAGCAGCGCCUCAUAAAUCAGUGGGGAUCUUCGGAGGAAGUCAGAAGUCUUUGCUUCUCUGUAGCCUGUGGGGCAUAUUUAGCAGUCCUAUGGGGCAUGUGAUAAUCAGUGCCAGCCAGUACAAAUGAAGUUUUGCUUAGAGGGGGGGCUCUUACUGAUCCUCCCAUUGGGGGCUCAAGAUACUGAGUCCUCAGAUCUGAACUAAGGGGACAUUCUGCCCAAAGUGUCUCAAAACGGCUUUGACUGUCUCCCAACCUGCCACUUGGUCCCCUCACCCCCCCCCCUUUGCCUCCCUCCCUUGUAAGGAGCUGAAUCUGAACAUGGCCAAGAGCCACCUCAGCUGGUGUGAGCAGAUAAGAGACAGGUGGGGGCACUUUCGCUGGAAGAACAGCAAAACCUUUCUGGACCCUCUUGGAACAGCCCCCGGGUCAUUUGUAUGUCAACAUUAUAUGCCUGUCUCUCCCUGGGCCAUUCAGAAUCAAAAGUAUUGUAAACCGCCCUGUGAUCCUCAGAUGAAGGGCGGUAGAGAAAUGAUGAUAAUAGUAGUAGUAGUAGUAGUAGUAGUAGUAGUAGUAGUAGAAGAAGAAGAAGACCUGGUGUGCUCAGAGGCCAAUAGAGCCAACAGUGAUGGAAAGCAAUUGGAGAACUGCCUUCAGCUGAAAAAAGGUGACUGUUGCUGCAGACUUGGACUCCAUUUCAUCCCCCUAACUUUCCAGUUUUAAAAUUGUGCUGUGCUUGUCUCAGUGCUGUGACGUCCAAAUGGGCCCCACAAAUUCUCCAUGGAGCAGCCAGGGAACCAGUUUGCCUUGCAUCUUCCAGUCUGGGAAGCCUUGGGAGCCCCGCGGACUGUCAGAACUGUGGCUCUGAGAUGUGUGGACCAGGACAGGACGCUAGAAUAUGGACCUCUGCCCUUGAGGGGCGUUCACAGACCCCACCUGGUAUAUGGCAGGAGAUGCCAGCGUCAGCAUGCAAUGAAAUGGGGUGGGAGGGGCAGAACUCUGAACCAGAUCAGAAGAGAAAUAUGGACCUGAGGCACCAGUGAAGGAGGAGGGCUGGUGGUGGCGGCCCCCCUGCCGGACACCCGCCCUCACCCACAGCUCCCUGCCCCCAGGGACUCACACGCCAACCAGAGUUCUCUCUUGUAAUUCACAUACAGCCAGAUCUCACCUUAUGCUGGUUUUUCAUACACAAUGACGACUUUAUGCAGAAAAUUAAAAUAAUACAUUAAAAGGGGUGGGAGAGCAGGAAAACCCACCCACCCCAUCCAGAAGGGCUGACUGAGAGCUUGCAGGAGUCCUCAUGCAACCUCCCCAUUCCCCUGGUGGGCACAGGGGGCAGCAUGGCCCAACUGGCAGGGCUGGCCCAAUACAUUUGAACACCUGAGGUGGACCACAAAAUGGCGCCCUUCUCACUGCCAGGGAAGAAGGGGGAAGGAAGAGCUCCAUUAGGAACAAGGAGGAAAGAAAGCUCAACCUUGAGACCUGCUGCCCCAGUGGCUGCUGCAGCCAGAGGCCUCCAGAGUGGGAUGACUGGGGGGGGGGGUCAGGGAGAACCAUUCCAGUCGCUUCUUCUUCUUCUUCUUCUUCUUCUUCUUCUUAUUAUUAUUAUUAUUUUGUCAAAGAAUGUGUUUGUGGGAAACCGUUAACUUCUUCUUUUUAUGCUGUAUUGAAGUUAAAAAGAAACAACAAAGUUUUAUCCAGAAAAAAGAAUUGUAGUAAUUAAAUCAAAUCACAUUGAAUUCUUCUUGCAUCUAUAGCGACUUCCCAUCACCCCAUCAUGCAUCCACCGCUUAUUCGAUCUAAUGCACUAUUCAUUUUCUUUUGUUAAUUUUCCUUAAUCAUUAUCCACCCUACCACAGAAGUCAUUCAAAGGCCUGCCAUUGACAUCAUGCUAUUACAAUAUUCCUUAAUUUUCGAAACAAUUCCUCCUUUCCAAUUUGUGGCGAUUAAUAUUCUUGCAGCUACCGUGGCGUACAAGAAUAUUUCCUUUGCUUUUUUAGGUAUAUCUGUGCCUAGUAUCCCCAGGAGGAAAGCCUCCGGGGUUUUUUUAUAAAGGAAACCUUAAACAUCUUUUUGAGCUUGUUGUAAAUGACAUCCCAAAAUUCCUUUAUAUUCUUACAGUUCCACCACAUAUGUAGCAUUGAAUCUUCCACUUCCCCACAUCUCCAACAUUUACUCGAGGUAUUUUUAUACAUUUUAGAUAGUUUUAGUGGCGUUAAGUACCAGCAGAAUUGCAUCUUCAUAAAAUAUUAUUUUGAAGCGUAACAUGCGGUGAACUUCAUGUCUACCUUCCAUAGUUUUUCCCAGGCAUCCAUAGGGAUGUUGUGACCAAAGUCUUGAGCCCAUUUAACCAUUACUGAUUUUGCCUCCUCUUUCUUGACUUCCCAGUCAAGGAGGAGUCGGUCCAUUUUGGAGAGAGCUUCAGUUCUUUUUCCAAUCUGGAGGGUUCUGUCUCAAAGCCAUUUCUUUUGUUGAGUUUAAAUAUCUCAUGAAGUUGGUGAUAUUGUAACCAACCUGACAGGUGUGCCCUGAUUUCUUCGAUUUUUUUUAAAUUUCAACUGAUUUUCUUCUUCUUUUAACAGUACUUUAUAUGUUGGCCAAUUCCCUUUCAUAUUUUUUUUCUUCACUGCCAAUGCUUCUGGGGCAAUAUGCACAUGGAUUUUUAGGUUUGAGCAGACCUUUGUAUUUUGCCCAAAUCAUAUAUAGGGGUUUCCUUAUAAUGUGGUUUUAAAAUUUUUGUGUGUACCUUGACCAUAUCGUAGCCUAAGUAGGCAUGCCAGCCAUAGUGAUUGUCAUGCCCUUCCAUAUCUAGAAGGUCUGUGUUUUGUAAUAUACACCAUUCCCUGAUCCAGGAGAGACACGCUGCCUCAUAGUAGAGUUUCAAAUCUGACAGGGAAAAGCCUCCUCUUUCUUUAAAAUCAAUUAAUAAUUUGUGUUUAAUCCUGGGGUUUCCCCCCUGCUAGAUAUAUCUUGAGAUGUCUCGUUGCCUGUUUCCCCAAUCACAGGAAUCGUCUGAAAUAAGAAAAGCAUUUUUGGUAAAACAUUCAUUUUAAUGGUGGAUAUUCUCCCCCAGAAAGAUAAAUUUAAUCUGCUCUGUAUUUCUAGAUUUCUUUUUAUCUCCAUCCAGGUCUUAGUGUAGUUAUCUUGAAAUAGGUUAUUAUUUUUUGCCAAGAUCCAUAUUCCCAAAUAUUUUCUCUUUUUGCAGAUCUUCAAGUUCGAGACAUUUUCUAGAUCAGGGGUGCUCAAACUUUUCCCAAAGAGGGCCAGAUUUGAUGAAGUGAACAUGCAUGAAGGCCAACCAAAGUUUUUGAGCUUUUUUUACCAUUUUACCCCUAAGUUAUGGGGGUCGGAUUGAGUCGACCGGUGGGCCGGACUUUGGCCAUGCUUGUUCUAGAUCAUCUCUUUCCUGUUUAGUUUGAUUCUUGACCAAGAGCUUUGUUUUAGAACUGUUUAAUUUGAACCCCACUACCUACCCAAAAUUUGUUUCUAAUACCUUUAAUAAACUUUCUUUUGGGUUCUCUGUCAUUAUAAUAAGGUCAUCGGCAAACGCCUUUAGUUUAUAUGCUUUCUCUCCUAAUGUUAUUCCUUUUAUGUUUUGGUCUUCCCUUAUUUUUUUAUUCAGCAUUUCCAUUACCAGAAUGAAUAUUAGCGGGGAUAGCAGACACCCUUGCCUUGUCCCUUUUCUUAUUACACAGUCUUCUGUAAUGUUGCCAUUGAUAAUAAUCUUGGCCUGUUGAUCAGAGUAUAUAGCCUCCAUUCCUUUACAAAACUGUUGACCAAACUCCAUUAGUUGCAUCAUUCUUUUCAUGAAUCUCCAUGAGAUAUUAUCAAAGGCUUUCUCUGUGUCAACCAGCAUUAAUACUGCUGGUUUGUCAAUUCUGAUUUUUAAGUAUUCCAACACAUUGAUAACAUUUCUGACGUUAUUUUGCAUCUGAUGUCCAGGGAGAAAGCCGGCCUGGUCUUCGUGAAUGUUGUAUUUAAGAAUCGUUCUCAGUCUUUCCGAAAGUAUGUCAGCAAAUUAUAAUCAUUGUUUAAAAGGGAAAUUGGCCGGUAGUUUGAGACAAUUGUUAGAUCAGUUCCCUGCUUAGGAAAUAGGGUUAUAUAACUUUCUGUCCAUGAUUCCGGCAGUUUUUACUAUGUUGUUCAUCAUAUCCUUUAAUGGUUGGAAUAGGGGUUCUUCUAGCUUUUUAUAAUAGCUUGCUGGUAGGCCAUCUGGGCCAAGGGCCUUCCCUGAUUUCGCUUUUUAAAUUGCCUGUUGAACUUCUAAUGCGGUAAUAGGAGAAUUUAGGAGGCUGAUUUUCUCCUUUAGAAUCUUUGGUAAGUUGUUCUGCUUUAGGUAUUCUUUUUUGUCGUGAUUUUCUGUUCCCUCCCUGUAUAGCUCUCUGUAAACACUUAAAAAACUUCUGUUUAUUUCCUUGGGUUAUCUGUUACUCUUUUCUCUGAUUUUAAUUUUGUUUAUUAUCCUUCCAUUCUGCUUUUGUUUUUUACGUUGCCAAGCCUAUAGUUUGCCAGGUUUAUUUGCAAACUUAAAGCUUCCAUGUUUUAGCAACUUGAUUUUCCAUUCAAUCUCUUGUGAGCCAGUGUGGUGUAGUGGUUAAGAGCGGUAGUCUCGUAAUCUGGGGAACCGGGUUUGAGUCUCCGCUCCUCCACCUGCAGCUGCUGGGUGACCUUGGGCCAGUCACACUUCUUUGAAGUCUCUCAGCCCCACUCACCUCACAGAGUGUUUGUUGUGGGGGAGGAAGGGAAAGGAGAAUGUUAGCCGCUUUGAGACUCCUUAAAGGGAGUGAAAGGCGGGAUAUCAAAUCCAAACUCUUCUUCUUCUUCUUCUUAAUAAUCAUUGAGAAUUGUGUCUGGAGCAUUUUAAUAUUUUGUUUGAUUAGUUCACUGUCCGGGUUAUUAAAUAAUUCUUUUUCAUUUUUCCCAAUUUCUUCCCAUAUCACUUCCCAUUUUUGUUUAGUUAGGAUAUGUUCUACUCUGUUUCUCUUGGCUUUAUCAUUAAGUCCAUUUACAUUCCCGGUGACAAUCUUUUAAGUUCAUACUUUAAUGUAUCUUCACUUCACAGAAAUAAAAACAGUAAAUACACAAUAUAAACAAUUUAUUAACACCCUUGAGUGAUGCUUAAAUCACUUCUUUUGUCCAAUCUCUCUCUUUAAUUUCCUUCUGUUGACAUUGCCGCGUCCGUGUCAUCCACUCCUCCCACUAGUUGUUUUCCCCCUCCCAUUUCCUUCUAAUACUUCCUCCAGAAUUUGUUGGUGUCUUCCGCCAUCAAGAACCUUUGUCUCUUUCCUUUAAAAAAGGAGAUACCCUCUGGGAAUUCUGUAAACUAUAGAGUUUGCAUUUGGGGCUUCAGCAAGAGGUUUAUAGCUGUCUCUUUUUCCAAAGCCUAACAGGGUUUUCCUUAAGAAUGACAAUGUCUCUUUCAUCUAUUCUCAGUUUCCUUUUAUUGUUCAUUUGCAGCACUUUGUCUCUGAUGUCAAUUGAUGUAAAGGACACCAGGCACUCACCAGGCCACUUAUUAGCUCUGGCUACACUUAAUCUAAUUCUGAAUAUUUUUUCUAUACCUUGAGACGUCACCUGUUCAUCCAAAUCUAACCUCUUGGCCAACUCUUUCAUAAUUUUCUCCUCAAUCUGCUCCUCUGGGACACCUCUGAAUCUUUAAAUCCUCCCCCUCCUUUGCAUCUGUAAUGUUGCUAUUGCAUCCAGUGCUGCUUCCUGUGUUUCUUUCAGUUCUGCGGUCUCUUUUUUAUCUUGUCACACUCCCUUUUCACUUCCUUACUCUCAUUCUGGGUCCUCUUAGCUGCCUCUUAUAGAUUUUGGGAUUUGCAUUUAAGGUCUUGGACUAUUUUUGUUAAUUCCACUUUUUUGUUACCAAAUCAUUCAUCUGACUUGAUAGUUCCACAAUAAUUUUGGCAUUUUGAUCAGUUUUGCUUCCCACUCUAUCAAGUUUCUCAUCAAUUAUUUUUGCAUUGUCGUUCAUAUAUUUUUUCAUAUCUAUUAUUUUCCUUUUAAGAUCUAAAAUGCUUUAAUAUCCAUGCUCGACUCAAGUUCCGUUGCAGAGCUUCUUCUACCUCCCAUGGAGGACCAUUCUGGCUUUGUGUGAUUUUGCUUAUAUGCACUAUAGUCAGGAAGAGCCCCUGUGUCAGGCGAGACCUGGGCCUGCCCCUCUGCCCCUCCUGGGCCGGCUACAUUGGAGGAAGCUGCCUCCCCCCUGCUGGGAGGUUCCGUCAUGGGUGAUCCUGCCGGAUGCUGGAUUAGGAGAGGGAGGGAGACGUGCUCUCUGCCCUCCUCUUUCUCCAUACCAUCCAGGAUAGAAUAAUAAAAUCACAGAACAUUAGAGUUGGAAGGGACCCCCAGGGGUCAUCCAGUCCAACUUCCUGCAAUGCUCCCAUCAAGCUGUAUCCCCAUUUUAUACUGAAUAUUUAUAUCUUGCUCUUGGUACUUAUGAAUGAAAAUUAUUUCAGUAAUUUGGAACUCCAUGUAUUGUGUGCAUAAGGUGCAUUUAUGGCUUUUAUGUAUUUGUGUAUUUUAUGUACUAUGGCAUUUAUGCAUUUAUGUACUUUAUGGCUUUUAUAAGCCUCUUUGAGUUUAUUUUAUGAAGAAAAUUAGGAUACAGAUCUUAAAAAUAGCAUAAACGAAUUGCCAGGGAGCUGAAUGGGGACGUAGUUGUGGCCAGAUGCACUCCCUGUUGAGUUUUGCAAACAGUGUGUAAAAACAGUAGUUAAGUCAUUGAUUAGGGGACUGAGGGUCAUCCUUUCUGUGAGUAAAAUAUCUGUCUCAUGGAAUUAUGCCAAAAUUAUAAUUACCUAAAAAGCAGAUACGGACCCAUUUCAGAAUUCUUUGUCCUGCUCUUAGGAUCCCACCCUAAGAGGGAGGGGACGGUGGGACGUUUUGUGAGUCGCCCUGGGCCUGUUCUGCUGUGACACGGCUGCCUCUUCCCUCCGCAGUGCCCCCGUCUGUCGCCAUGGCUCGCCGGUCUCAGAGCUCUUCGCAGGGCGACAACCCCCUGGACCCCAACUACCUCCCACCCCACUACAAGGAGUACUACCGCCUCGCUCUGGACACGCUGGCCGAGGACGGGGAGGAGAACUACCACCGCUUCCUGGCCGAGGAGGGCGCCCCGGACUUCCUCUGCCCCUCGGAGGUGGAGCACAUCACCCAGCACAUCCAGAAGCCCCAGUAUGCCCAUCAGGAGGGCGGGGGUGGCAGCACAGACUCCGGCCCCCACGACACAGACAUGGACGGCUCCUCUGGCACUUACUGGCCCAUGAACUCUGACCUGGCCGUUCCAGAGCUGGACCUGGGCUGGCCCAUGGUCUUUGGGUUUCGAGGGACGGAGGUGACCACUCUGGUGCAGCCCCCACCCCCAGACAACCCCAGCAUCAAGGAGGAAGCGCGCAGGAUGAUCCGGGCGGCACAGCAGGUGAGAGAUCAGGAAGGGGGCUGUGGGAAAAGGACGCUGGCAGGAGCCCAAAGGUGGGCGGGCGGGAGGAAGGGGGUGGUGGGCAGGAUCCAGCAGUUUCUGACAUGACUGCUGCCGUGAAAGCUCUCUGCCCUGAGCCUUUGGGGGCUCCAUGAUGUCCCUGCUGCCAGUCCUUAAGAAGGAGCUGCAUUGGCUCCCAAUUCAGACAGGGCACUGAAUGCUUUAUGGGCCUGGCCAGGCAGCAGACGUGGCAGCAGUUGGUGGUAAGCAAGACCAGGGGUCACGGUGGGAAAAGCUAGCGGCAUUUGCUGCUGUGAUGAACCAGUUAUCAAAGCCCAUUUCACAGAAGGCAAAGUGGUGUGACUCAGAGACAUGAAACUUGCCCAAGAGCCUGAGAGCAGUGGAACUUGCUUGAGCGAAGCUGCACAGGGUUGUUCUCUGUGUUGAAUGAGUAUCCCUCUUUUUCCCGCGUGGCCAGAUGCUAAGGAGGAGGGGCUGCUAUGCUUUAGUGGUGGAAGAGGGCAUUUCAGAUGGCAUGAUCAGCUACACUUCCAAAAGCUUGUGUUUUUACUUUAAAAAUAUUAUAGCCUGCUUUUCAUUGAAUCCAGGGCUCAAAGCAGUUUUCAAAAUGGAAACAUACAGUCUACAAAAUUUAAAACACAGAUUGACAUCAUAGAUUAAAACAUCAGAACAACAUUCAUGGUGCAAAGACUUUCUCAAAUAAAACAGUUUUAACAUAGCAGUAACGGUGUCUGCCGGAUUUCAAGUGAGAGGGCGCUCCAUCAAGCUGCCCCCCCCCCCCAAGGCACAGCAGUUCCCUCUUCUAUGCAGUGAUUAAAGGAAGUUGCAGGAGUCCCCUGCACUCCUUGCAUCCGCCUCCCUCCUCCCACACUCAUUGUCUGCCUUCAUCUGUCCCCCUCCACCUUAAGGCUCCAUGGAACUUGCUUCGUUCUGUCCUAAAAAUGCUUAAUCAAAGGCCACAAUUUCCACUUUUUGUAUACACAUCCACCCCAAAGUGUAAUAGGAAAUAAAAAAAACAAUAUUUUGUUUUAAAAAAAUGCUUCCCAAGCCUCACACUUUCCCUUUAAAGCUUAUUGGUGAAAUUCGAGAUCGGAACAGAGAUCUGUUCCAAGACUAUUAUGUGCACCUUUUGCAAUAAUAAUAAAAAGAAAUAAAUAAAGGAGGAACGUUAUGGAGGAGUGUUGUAAUGGAAGAGCUGACACCGCCUUAACUCACAUGUUGUACAUGCCUGUCCUAUCAUGUCCAUUAAGCAGAGGAAAAAGCAGCAGCAGCAGCAGCACUCCUUGCCGUGCUCCUUAGCAGGCGGCAUUCAGAGGUUUCUGACCCUGGUAGCCACUGAAAAUUAACAACAACAACAAAACCUCCCUCUGAAAAAAGUUGUGAGAUCUGUUGCACCUGAGAUUUCCCAGGCUGACUCUCCCCCACCGCCAUCUUGUCUUCUAGUAGUAAGCAGAUCAGAUCCUCCCGCCCAAAGUCUGCUCAUGCCCAGCAGGGCACAGAUGCACUUACCACAGUGGUUUUCAACCAGUGUGCCGUGGCACCCUGGGGUGCCUUGAAGGAUGGGCAGAGGUGCCGCAGGCAACACUGGUCUCUGUCCCUCUAUCCUUCCCUCCCUCCUCUGAUGCCCUCUCUUGUCUCUGCCUCCCCAAGGCUUGUACAGCUGUUUGUUUCAGCAGCCCUGGCUACAAGCUCCCCAGGCGAAUGCUGCCUCUGGGGCUGGCCAGGGGGUGCUUCCCAGGCCCCUAUAGGGCAGUGUGAGGAGGCACCUCUCUUGGGGGUGGGGGGGGGGAGGCAGCUCAGAUAGCGGGGUGGCAGCGGCAGCUGCCCAGAAGACUCCCAAGGGGAGGGGAGGCUGAAGGAACACUCCACAAGGGAAGAUUUGCAAAAUGACAGCAGUCUGGCAAAGCAGAAAUACAGGAAGGGGUUUUACCUCCUGAGGCUACAAAGGAGAGAGACGGAACAUGCACACAGGGCUUCCAGAUAUUUGGAGGGUGCUAAGCAAGGGCUUCAGAGGUAAAGGAAGAUAUGGGGCUGCCUAGCUAGCUAGAAGAAAGGAUCCAUUGUAAAUGGUUUCAACUGACGUUAACAUUGCAUUUUUAUAUUGUUGUAACCCACCCUGGGACCAAGUGAUGAAGGGAAGGUAAGAAAUCUAAUCAUCAUAAUCAAUAAUAGUAAUAGUAAUAAAGUUGGGCUUGUUAGUUAUGGGCCACCAAGAGGUGGUGCUGAUCUAGAGGGAUGUGCUGUUGAAGGGGGGGUCCCUCUUCCUUCCUGCCUGCCUGCCUGCCUCCCCCACCCACCCCAGGAGCCCUCCUACGGAUUCGACUGUCUGCCACGGCCCUGGUGCAGAUUCUGGCUUGUCCGGAGGUCAGUUCCACACAAUGCAGAAGUCGGGCCUUUGCUGUGGUGGCUCCCCAGCCCUUGGUAUUCCUUCAACUUGGAGACCAAGACAGGCUCCUUUUCAGCACCUACCAAAGACCUCCUCCUUCCAACAAGCCUUUCACAUUGAGAUUCUUCCAAGCCUGCAAUUGUAUUGGAGUUGUUUUUGAGAGAUGUUUAUUUGCUAUCAUUUCUUGCUUGCUGCCCUGGGCUUCUUUGGAAGGAAGAGCAAGAUAGGAAUGUGAUUAUAUAUGAGAGCUGUGAGGGGGACUUCCUGGCCUUUUCAGUCUAGGUAUAAAUGGGGUUUUGGGCCGGGGGGGGGGGCAGGCUGCUAUGCACAAAGCUGUCAGCUUUGGGGCUACCGUUGAAUCUCGUCAGUUAUUCAUUGCUUCCAUGUACAGACUGCUUAUUAUCAGUAGAUCCUUCUUUUGUUAUUAACGUUUUGCUAUUGACAUUUCCAAAAACAAAGCCUUCCACACCCAAGGGGCCCAGCAGAGAAGGCCCCCGUAGGGUGACUGGGCUUUUAUUUACACUGCUUCCUGUGAGCUCUGGCUCUGGCCAGGGAAUGGGAGGCCAAGGGCUGGCAGCUCUUUCACAGGGCAGGUGCGGGAGAGAGGGGCUGAGCCCUGCCAGGGCACCUGAGGAUGCUCCCAGGAAGUCAGUCCUCUGGCUUCCCAAGAUGGAAAGAGUCCUGUGAGGUGUUAACCUGCCCUUUUGCCUUCCCUCCAGGUGGUUGCCAUAGUGAUGGACAUAUUCACUGAUGUGGACCUGCUGGGCGAAGUGCUUGAUGCCGCAGCCCGCAGGGUUCCUGUGUACAUCCUGCUGGAUGAGAUGAAUUCCCAGCUCUUCCUGGACAUGGCAGCCAAGUGCAGAGUCAACCUCAACUACGUGGAAGUAAGCACAGCAGGAGGGGGCAGGGGCUCCCAUGGGGCAACGUGGCACUAGGACACAGGGUGCAAUUUUGCGCCCCUUUGGUACCCCAAAACCCAAGCCCCCCAAACAGUGCAGGCAGCUCUGAGAACACCACGAGAGCCUGGCUGUUGGAUCAGGCCCAGGGGAGCCCAUUGGGUCCAGCAUCCUGUUCUCACAGUGGUUGACCACAAGUGAGACCCGAGCACGGCCACACUCCCUUCCUGGGGUCUCCAGCAACUGGCAUUCAGAAGCAUUGCUGCUUCCGGCUCUGGAGGCCAAGCUGAGCCGUUGUGGCUCUAGAAUCAUAGAAUGGUUGAGCUGCAGAGAUAGAAGGACCCCGAGGGUCACCCAGUCCAGCCCCUGCAAUGCAGGAAUCUCAGCUGAAACAUCCCUCACAGGUGGCCACACAACCUCUGCUUAAAAACCGCCAAGGAAGAAGAGUCCACCACCUUCUGAGGAAAUCCGUUCUGGUGUCAAAAAGUUCUUCAUAAGGUUUAGUUGGAAUCUCCCUUCCUGUUGGUUUGAAUCCAUCCGUUCGGGUCCUGACCUUUGGAGCAGCAAGAAACAGUUUGUUCCAUCUUUCAUGCGACAGCCAGGAGCCAUCAAUUGCCCUCUCCUCCUCCAGGAGUUUGUCCGUUCCUUGUUUAAAGCCAUCUAGGUUGGAGGCUGUCACUAUCCACGGUUUUAACAGUGCUCUGCAGGAAGAAGGACUUCUUUUUGUCCUGAAUCUUCCAACAUUCAGCUUCACUGGGUGUCCAUAAGUAGAAGCUCUAUGAGAGAGUGGAGGAAACCAUGCAGCAACGCGCGCACCCCCCUCCUGCAUUGAUUCCUGCAUUGCAGUGGGUUGGAUUAGAUGACCCCAGGGAUCCCUUCCAACUCUGCCUCUUUGGAGCCUGCAGCUAAACGGCCUGGGUUGGGGGGAGCAGUGGCUUCCUUGGGGAGUUUGCUGCCUGAUACCUCUCUUGCCUUGCAGUUCCUCCGGGUGAGAACAGUUUCCGGCCCCACCUACUACUGUCGCACCGGGAAGUCCUUCAAGGGGCAUGUGAAGGAGAAGUUCCUGCUGGUGGAUUGCAUGGUGGUACUGAGCGGGAGUUACAGGUGAGUGGAGGGCAGGGCAGAGGCCACAGGUGGCUUGACUCCUUCCUGCUGCAACAGACUUCAGCCGAGACGGCCGCCUGGGCAAUUGAGGGCUGUGAUGAGCCUUAGGAGGGAGGAGGAAGUGCAAAUGGCCACCCAGCUGCCCCAAAGGAGGAGCCUUGGGGUGGAGAGGGCCAGCCAUGGGUGGGGAAGCUGGUCAGGAUCCUAAGUCAGGAGGGCAAGCAGAAAUCAUCCACUCUUGGAGCAACUGGGCCUUGCAGCAAACUUUGGAUGUCCAGGCAGAAUCUCUCAAGGCAGAGCAGGAGUCAGGCAUUUCCCAUUCCCCUUGCUGGGCCAGAGCUCUUUGGGUUACAGUAGUGGGGAGGCCCUGUCCAGUUCCCACAGAGACCUUAUGGAGGAUGUGGGGGGGUUCAUAAGAGCAAUAGCAGAAGUAGGUCUGCCUUUUGCUGUUCCAGGACUCCAGUUCUCAUUGCGAGGUCCCUUGGGCUUGGAUGUGACUCGCACAAACAACCCGUCCCAACUGUAAUUCUUCUUAGAUUAUAAGGCUCUGGCUUUGUACGUUCUUAUGUGGAAUAGUUAUAUUCUGCCUUUUAAUUUGAAAGACCAUCCAAAGGGAUUUCAGCAUUAAUACAACAUCACUAACAGGUAGACAUUAUUCUGCUUAAAAGCAGGCACUGCUCAGGGCCCUCUGGAACUAGAGGCAAUCAGCAAGAUAUUAAAGGGAAACGGCAGCAAUAAGGAGCCCUCUCCCCAAUUCCAGGCCAUUGAAGGCACAGGCAGAGUUAUUUUAACCUGGCACCUGAUAUCUCUGGGGAGGGAGUUCCACAAAGGGGAUGUCACCCUCUGGGAGUGGUGCCCACAGUAUCCUGUGGGUACAGGGAGGAGGAGGAGGCAUCUCGUGCCUGCCCUGCGAGGCAGAGUGGCCACUCGCAGCAGUAACGUGCCCAUCUCUUGCCUGCUUCUCCACAGCUUCAUGUGGUCGUUUGAGAAGAUCCACCGGAGCAUCGCUCACAUCUUCCAGGGAGAGUUGGUGGCCAGCUUUGACGAGGAGUUCCGCAUCCUCUUUGCCCAGUCAGACCCGCUGGUUCCUCCUGCCAAUGUCCUGAUGAAGGCACCAGAGAGCUUCAUGGCACCCUUUGGCAUGGCGCCCUACGGCAGCAACCUGCCCCUCUUCCCCAAGAAGCACCCCUGCUCUUCCCCCGGGAAGACAACCUUUUCUCGCCGCUGA